UGCGCGCAAAACCCAAAUGAGAAGAUCCCUACUGAGACCUUCCUUCCUUUGCUCUUCAUCUCGUUCUCUUCGUUUACCUGAUCAUAAAUCAUAUUCUUUGUAUGAAAAUGGGAAAUUGUCUUCGACGAGUUCAGAUUACGGUUUCAGCCAGAAUUUCAGGUUUGUAUUUACAAACACUCUUCUCCCACCUCCCGAAUGGAUAGAACCUUUUGUGGAUGUCUCUGAUGUAAUUUCCAGCUCUUCACCGCUAGACCCAUCUCCAUGGGUGACCCAAAUUUUGAAUCUUUUAGAUGGGUCUUCGAACAUGGAACACAAUCUAGAUUCUUUUUGUCGGAAGUUUUUUAUUAAGUUAUCGCCAAAUUUUGUUACAUUCGUUUUACAAUCUGUUGAGCUUCGUGAGAAACCUGAAAUUGCUGUUCGAUUCUUUUUUUGGGCGGGUAAGCAGAAGAAAUAUGUUCAUAAGAUUGAAUGUUAUGUGUCUUUGAUUGAACUCUUAACUUUUUCGGCCGAUUUGGUCAAAAUCCGAUCGGUAUUCUUUGAACUUAAAGAUAAGGAUUUGUUAAUGACUGAAUUGGCGGCUAAUUCUUUGAUUAAGAGCUUUGGGAAUCUUGGACUUGUUGAGGAAUUGUUGUGGGUAUGGCGACGAAUGAAGGAAAAUGGGAUUGACCCGAGUUUGUAUACUUAUAACUUUUUGGUAAAUGGGUUAGUGAAUUCAAUGUUUAUUGAAUCUGCUGAGAAGGUUUUUGAGGUUAUGGAUGGUGGGAAGACUGUACCCGACACCGUGACCUAUAAUAUUAUGAUAAAAGGAUAUUGCAAGGCUGGGAAGUUGCAGAAGGCAAUGGAGAAAUUUAGAGAUAUGGAGAUGAAGAAUGUGAAACCAGAUAAGAUUACGUAUAUGACAUUGAUCCAGGCUUGUUAUGCGGAACGUGAUUUCGAUACUUGUCUGAGUCUCUACCUUGAAAUGGAAGAAAGAGGAUUGGAAAUUCCUUCUCAUUCUUAUAGUUUAGUUAUUGGUGGGCUUUGUAAGCAAAGAAAAUGUAUGGAAGCUUAUGCUGUUUUUGAGACAAUGAAUCAGAAAGGUUGUAGAGCAAAUGUUGCAAUUUAUACAGCUUUGAUUGAUACUUACUCAAAAAGUGGAAGCAUGGAAGAGGCCAUGAGGCUCUUUGAGAGGAUGAAAAAUGAAGGGUUUGAACCUGAUGCAGUUACGUAUAGUGUCCUUGUUAAUGGACUGUGCAAAAGUGGUAGAGUGGAAGAUGGAAUGGAACUUUUUUAUUUCUGCAGAAAUAAAGGAGUGGCCAUCAAUGCAAUGUUUUAUGCUAGUUUAAUUGAUGGACUAGGAAAGGCUGGGAGAAUUGAAGAUGCAGAAAAUCUUUUUGAAGAAAUGUCUGAAAAGGGUUGUGCUCGAGAUUCCUAUUGUUAUAACGCCAUUAUAGAUGCACUAACUAAGCAUGGGAAGAUUGAUCAAGCUUUAGCACUUUUUGGGAGGAUGGAAGAAGAAGGUUGUGAUCAAACAGUUUAUACGUUCACGAUUCUUAUCGAUGGGCUGUUCAAGGAGCACAAAAAUGAGGAGGCAAUAAAGUUAUGGGACAAGAUGAUCGACAAAGGAAUCACUCCAACUGUAGCUUCUUUUAGAGCUCUUGCCAUAGGGCUGUGUCUUUGUGGCAAGGUAGCCAGGGCUUGCAAAAUCUUGGAUGACCUUGCCCCAAUGGGUAUCAUUCCCGAAACGGCAUUUGAGGAUAUGAUCAAUACAUUGUGCAAAGCACAACGCAUCAAGGAAGCUUGCAAAUUGGCCGAUGGAAUUGUGGAUCGGGGUAGGGAAAUACCGGGGAGAAUACGUACAGUUCUUAUCAAUGCCUUGAGAAAGGCAGGUAAUUCUGAUUUGGUCAUCAAACUGAUGCAUAGUAAGAUAGGCAUAGGAUAUGAUCGGAUGGGUAGUAUUAAAAGACGAGUUAAGUUCAGAACACUUCUUGAAAAUUGAGUUCUCAUCUCUGGUGCCUUUAUUCACAUUUUUGUCCUCAAUGACUUUCAUAUCCUAUUUUUAACUCUUGCAAUGACUAUCACAAGUUUUAUUUUGUUCAUAGUUAA